GCAUGACACAGCUCUCUCAUCUAAAGUCGGCAGGUACAGCUGGACUCCUGCAGAGGCACAGCCCCCUAGAAAGCAUGACGCCCACCCUGUUUUACUCCUGCCUUGUGAGCAUGCUCACACUGUGCCAUGGCCUCCCAGUCCCUGCAGACAGCGUCAAAAACUUUGUCAAAAUGCAGGCUGAUAACAUCAUCACCAGGAUCCAGAGACACAAAGAUGAGUUGCAGAUAUUCCAUAAGAUGGUCCUGGACAGCCCCGAAUUACUACCCGAGCUAUCCUCUGAUAAGCCCAUCGAGGGCCUUGGCUCCAUGGUGGACACCCUGAGCACCUUCCAGAGUGUCCUGCAUAGCCUGCCCAAGGGCCAUGCCAGCCAGCUCCGCGUGGACAUCUCUGCCCUGCAGUCUUUUCUGGAGGAGCGGGCACGUUCGCUGCAGUGCACACACCGCAAAGCCACCACAGAGAAGACGCUGGAGGCCUUCCUGAAGGACAAUGGCACAUAUCAUAUCACGCUGGGCCAUGUGGCUUUGGACAGACUGCAGAUAUACCUGCAAAAGCUUACACGCAAGCUAGACCAUCUGAAAACCUGUUAAAAGUGUAAUCUCUCUG